AUGGAAGGGCGUCGAAAAUCCAAGAGCAAAAAAUCAGCACCCAAACCUAAAAAACAGAAAAACGACGGUCAAAAAUGUUCUAUGUUCUUGGCUGAACUUUCUAGAAAACUUGCACUAAAAAAACGACAGGAUGAGGAAUCUCCUAAUAAUAUUGUGCAAACAAUUAUUGAUAGCCUCACAAAUGCCCUGCCAGUAAAAUUUUCAAGCAAAUCACCAUCGAAGAAAGGAUCACCUAUGAAAAUUGAAACGCUACAGACAUAUGCACCAGAGCUAUUACCAAAUAAUACAUUAUCAGUUCCACAUACAUCAAUAAGUGCUGAAAAGAUUUCUUCCUUAGAUAACGAAGUGCUUACAAUAAGUGAAGAAGUACCAGUUAAGGUCAAAGGUUUUAAAAUGCCAAAAAUGCCAUUAGUUACAAGUGACGUAUUUAAACAUCCAGAAAAGGUAAAGGUAGUAACAGAGGAUGUAGCUGUUAAUACUGGCGGUGUGAAUGAUAUUGCAAGUGAACUAGCAAAACACGUCGGAACAUUACGUAAAAUAUCGUUGAUAGCCGAAGAAUUUAAUCAGAAAACAGCUAAAAAUUUAAAAGAGAUAGUCGAUAGUGUUCAAGAAGACCUUUUAAAGAAGCUACAAGAAGUACAAGCCGAAAAAAGAAAUCUAAAAGACUUAAAGCAACUAACCAUAGACGAACAACAAGAACUAGUGUAG